AGAGAGGAGGGGUGAGCCUGGGAGCGAUACACUUUCUGUUGUUAACGCACUUAUUUCGACUCACAUUUAGUAACUGCAGGGCUAGUUGUAUUUUACGUGCGGAGGAAUAAAUCAUUACAAUACAACCUGGAGCGCGUCACGGUGUGAUUACGCAUCUCUCAGUGUUUGGUGUCUCGCGGCAGCACUUUGUUGGACUGCGAAGAAGAUCAGGUGUAGGAAAGGAAAGGAGGGGCACAGGGAAGGAAAGGAGGAAGUGAGAGGAAACCGGUAAAGCAGGGUAGGUCUGUGUAGUAGCCCGAGGGAGUCUCUCUGCCCACUCUGUAGGAAACUUGUCUCUGUUGAAGCGAGUCGUGAGCCAGAAGCUGCUGAGAACGAAGGAAUUAAGGACAACCAAAAGCCAUGGCUGUGAAUAAAUGCAUCAAAUACCUCCUCUUCUUCUUCAACCUUCUUUUCUGGCUUAGUGGAUGCCUCAUCCUGGGCGUGUCCAUCUACCUGAAAGUCGGCAAGGCUGGAAAUCAGAUCACCAGUAACUCUCUCCCCGGCGUGGACCUGCUGAUCGCCAUCGGCGUGAUCAUCAUGGUGCUGGGCUUCCUGGGCUGCUGCGGAGCCAUCCGAGAGAACCGCUGCUUGCUGCUGCUGUUCUUCAUCAGCCUUCUCAUCAUCUUCAUCCUCCUGGUGGUGGCGGGCAUCCUGGGAGCCGUGGGGGAGAACAAGGUGAAUGACUGGGCGAAAGAGAAUCUGGAUAAACUCACCCCACUGUCAUCACAACAGGCUAGUGUGCAGAACGACAUGCAGGAACUGCAGCAGGAGUUGCAAUGUUGUGGUCUGCUGAACGGAGCAUCCGACUGGGGUGUAGGUCCUGCCCCCUGCAACUGCAACGCCACUUUAACUGCAAGUGUCUGCAAGUCCACCCCCAUCUUCACCACGCCCUGCGGCACCAAACUCAUCAGUUUGAUACAGAGCAACUUGACUGUGGUGCUGGGCAUCGCCUUUGGAAUCGCCCUCCUGCUGAUUUUCGGCAUGGUCUUCUCCAUGAUUCUCUACUGUCAGAUUGGCAGAAAGGAUGGCGCCACUUCCACUGCCUGAACACCCACACAUGGCCACGCCCACUCGCUGCCUGGCAACAGCCAAUUAGCAGAGUGCAAAUGACCCAUUUAACACAUAACCUCAGUGCUAAUGUAUCUUAACCUGUGCUUUUACUGUGGAGGAACACGCUGAUAUUUUGGUUGAAAUAUCAUGAUGUUAAUAGAGUUAAUACACAUGUGGUGUGUACUGUAUGGAGUCUCAAUCGUGACAAAAGUUCAAUAUAUAAAUAUCUUGAGCAAACAUGAGAAUUUCUGCUUCUUGAAGGUGUUAAAUUAACCAAUAAGAUAUUGGGGGAGUAAAAUAAAUGGGGUUUAAAAUUAACUUAAAAAAUAAAAAAGUUUGGUUCUUUUAAACAAAUGUGUUUCUACCCGAAAUAUCAGUGUGUUCCUUUAACCUUACAGCAAACCUGUGAUAAUUAUCACUUCUUUUUUUCUUUUUUACCAAACAAACAAAUCCAAACAUUAGUCUUUCUUUCCGUUCACAAUGUGGCCUCAAAGAACAAAAUCUAUAAACAUUGUCAAAACAAUUUGUGUUGUCUGGGGCUUAUUUCGAUGGAAGCCAAUUACCCCCAAAAUCAAAUCAAUAAAUACACUGUUAGGUAUGGUUAAAAAAAAUGUCAUUAGUAUCUGUAUGAUUUAUACAUAAGUCAAUAUUAUGACAUCUUCUCAUAAUUAUGAUACAUUCUCUAAAAAUGUUACUUACAUAUUCGUAAAUCUAAAAUUACAUAAGUUUUUUUCUCGAACAUUGUGUUAAUAUAGUUGUUUUUUUGCUCUUUUCUAUAUGUAAACUGUCAACUUUUUUUGAAAAGUCCUGAAUCAUAGUUUUCUUACGAUUUCUGCCAUGCCUUAUUUUGUAUUUGAUAUUUAAUUUGUAUCGUAUGAAGGAAUGGGCUUCCAUAGCUUUAUGUCCAAAAAUAUACUGCCAUAGCUGUCUGUCACAACAUCUGCUGCCAUUUCUGAUAAAUGUUCCAAAAUAAUCCUUAUGAAGUUAAAGUUGUGGUGUGUUCCUGUGUUGUUCCGUUUAUAACUCCAUAAACCUUUUAGAAAUACAAGAAAUAAUUAAAUAAUAUUGCCAUUAUAAAGCCUUAACUUCCAUAUAUAUAUUCAACCACAUUGUUAUAUUACUGUUUAACUUAUAAUCGUGUUAUAAAAGUGAAAGUGGUUUAAUACUGUGGAACAGACUUCACCUGUUCACUCGGAAUCUCAUUGCUGUUGUCUUUGUCAUUUUUACGGCACUGUCUGAAAACUGUAAGGAUGUUUUUAUUUUUGUUUUUGUCCCUGAGCUGAGUUUAGUUUGAGGACAACAUCAAGUGUCAUACUAUCCUGCUUGAAGAAGGGAAAUAAAAACUACUGAAUUAAAAUAACA